AUGGUGGAAUACGACAUUCGUAUUGGUUACUACGACGUGGAAGUGAUCCCACCAGCAAUCAAAAAUGCCAUGGCAAUAUACGCCUGGUUCGUGGAGGUUGUUAACGUUUUUAUUUACUGUAUUAUGGUUCGAGUGGUUUUACGAUAUUCCACAAGAGAGAUCGGAGCGUACAAGUGGUAAGGAAUGGGUCAUAAGUCGACAUUAUUCAAAUGGUAAAACUUUAAUUGAUUCUUUUUUAGGUACAUCAUUGGAUGUCAGACUUGUUGUGUGUUUACUUUUAUAGUGAAAGCGAUGAUUGAGGACGAACCGCUGUUCCCUUAUGAUGUCACGGUUCUUGGUGGGCUGGCAGGGUUGUUUCCUGUAAGCAAAGCUUUUUGUAACCAAAAACAUAGAUCUUCAAACUGAUAUGCUUACAUUGCCGACCAGUGUCAUGUAGCAAAUGCAUCUCUUUUCAUCCUUUCUCUGACCAAAAGGAGUUCUUUCUUUCACAGGGAGAAAAAUAGAGUCGCCGUUGAAGCAGCUUCCAAAAAUUGCAUACUGUUUUUGGUCAAGGAGAGCAUGUACGGUAAAGGACCAGAUCCAGUGGCAAAAAAACCUACCUUUUUGCAUCGGAAGUAUCGAAAAUGCGGUAAAAAACCUCCCUCUCCGAUUUUGAAAUCGGAGUCUUUCGCUUGGAAAUGGAGGUAUUUUGCCACAUUUUCGAUAUUUCCUGGAUGCGAAAUGGCAUGUUUUUUGCCACUGGGUCAUGUCCGCCACUGUAAAGGGGUGAUGCAGAUGCCUGCAGGAUGCAUUUCGAUGUGUUUCUUGCCCAUGAUCUUGUCCUGAACAACAUUUUUCUUUAAAGAAUUAGUGUGUAUAAAUUUCGGUUGAUUUUCCAGAACAACGAUCAUGUGGUCCGUUUUUUCUUCGCUCUUUUCCACAUGUUCUUCGUCGGGCAUUUUUCAUGUGUAACACUGAUGUUUCUCUUCCGUUUUGCUCAGACUACCGGACACUUGCGGAUGGUCCAGCUAAUGUCCAGCAAAAGAAUCCUCUUUUACGCGUACAUUCCUUGGGCAAUUUGUGUGGUCGUUUUGACCCUUCUCGACGCACUAUAUAGCAUUCCAAACAUUGAUAAGUAUGUGGAGAAAUUUGGUGAUUCAAACCCGAAAAUAGCAGCAUACAUAAAGAGCAAGCCGCUCCUGGUGGAAGUGGUGGGUUUAUGGUGCUUUAACCGUUAUAAAUGCAAAGGAAAUGUCGUAAAAACUCACCUGUACGUCCCACGUGCGACGCAUAAGUUUUCUUUUAAUUUGGCACAUACGCUAGGCUUCAUAAGAAUUCUUGAAAUUUUCAGCUUCCACUUUUCAGGCACAGCCGAGUAAUUCAAAGAUCUUCGCGGCCUAGAGAGCGUGCAGAAUUCGGAGAGCGGCCAGCGAUAAAACACUUCUUGGCUCUAAAUUUGCCAGAGUCGCGGAGAAAAAUAACUUUUGUGUGGAAACAUUACAUAGAAUAGGCAUGAAACCUUUUGCGCAAAAAAAGCGUCAAUUUUUUCUCAACUUUUGACCUAAAAAUCUCGGCUGUUUCUGCAAAGCGCGGGCUAUAAAAUGCGUAUGUGUCUUUGAGAAAUGCUCUUUAAAUUUGUGCCGAGUUUCAUCAAAAUCUGAGAGUCGCCGUUGGAGCAGUUCCCCUGACUUCAGUUGUCUGAAAGGCCGAAUAUUCAAUUUAUGUUUUAUGUUCUUCAGAACACCUGGUACACAAACUACGAGCGCUAUGUGCCGACGCUGAGUGGGCUGCUGAUUUGUGCGUACUGCACUUAUGGUUGCUACAACUUCAAAACCAAACGAAACGAUUGUUUCAGUGAUCGAACGAAGGCAUUAUACCGAACUCUAAUCAACGCCCUGCUAAUUGAAAUGCUUGUAAUUGCGGUCGCAGUUGUGACUCCAGUUUUGGUUUGUCAAGAGUUCAUUGGUGUGGAAUACCGACCAUUAGGGACAGCCUUAAUGUGGCGAUGGCUUUACCUUUACCCCACCUUCACGAUGAUCUUUACAAUGUCGUACAUUUCCUGUUAUCGUGAUGGCUUUAGGAAGCUUGUCUUGAAGCUGUUAUUCGGGGUGAACGCUAAAAAUGGCAUUGUGGUGCUGCGGUCGGCCUCUUCGAUUGUCUCUGCAACAAGAUCCUCUCCAUAUUGA